GAACUGCCCCCUCGACUGAGUAGCGUACCUGCGCGUGCGCCGCGAUGCGCACCUCCGCUUCGCCGCGCCUCGGAAACGGCAGGUAGCCUGCGCUCUGCUCAGCGGAGUUCAGUGCGCGCGUUCUCUCGCCGCCUGUGGUAGUGUUGAGCGCGGACGCACGCCCGACGUUUGUAAGGAUGAUGCCAGUGUCUAAUUGGUGAAGUGAAAUAACAGUGAAACAACCUUUAAUUCAAAGAAAUGUCCUGUGACAGAAGAACGCGACCCGCCCGUUUCCUCGACCUACGGUACAAGAGCGGGGUGCGCUCAGUGAGGGGCGGAGGCGGCGCGGGCGCGGAGGAAGCGCGGCGCGGCGGCCUCAAAGCGCUGCCGAAGCGCGCCCGCACUCGCUGCCGGGGCAUGAACAUGGGCCAAAAGCUUUCCGGCGGUGUCAAGUCGGUGUCGCGCGAGUGCACGGCGCCGUUCAAGGCGGUGGUAGCACGCGAGCUGGCUCCCGAGCCGCCCAGACCUGCGCGCCUGGACGCGCUGCUCGACGCGCCGCCCGCGCAUCCAGAAUUACAGCUCAAGCAUGCAUGGAACCCAAACGACAGGUCAUUAAACAUAUUCGUUAAGGAAGAAGACGCACUGACAUUCCACCGGCACCCGGUCGCGCAGAGUACGGACUGCAUCCGCGGCCGCACGGGCUACACGCGCGGGCUGCACUGCUGGGAGGUGGUGUGGCCGGCACGACAGCGCGGCACGCACGCCGUCGUGGGCGUCGCCACAUCCCACGCGCCCCUGCACUCAGUCGGCUAUCAGAGUUUAGUCGGGGCCACCGAUCAGAGCUGGGGCUGGGAUUUGGGUAGAAAUAAGGUGUUCCAUAACGCGAAAGGCACGGGCGGCGGCGGCACGACGUACCCGGCGCUGCUGCGGCCCGACGAGCAGUUCCUCGUGCCGGACCGCGUGCUCGUCGUGCUCGACAUGGACGAGGGCACGCUCGCCUUCUGCGCCGACGGACGCUACCUCGGCGUCGCGGCGCGCGGCCUGCGCGGCAAAACGCUCUACCCCAUCGUCUCCGCCGUCUGGGGGCACGCCGAGAUCACCAUGAAGUACAUCGGCGGGCUAGAUCCGGAGCCGCUGCCGCUGAUGGAGCUGUGCCGGCGCGUGAUCCGGCAGCGCGUGGGCCGGGGCCGGCUGCGCGCGGCGGCGUCCCGCCUGUCGCUCCCGCCCGCGCUCACGGCGUACCUGCUGUACCGCGCGCCCUAGCGCCCGCCGACCCGCACUCACUCCGCGUACACGAUUCCGAUUUGACUUAACUUUUAUUUUAACGUUAUCUGUGAUAAUUAUAUUUUAAUGACGAAUUGAAAUCGGUUAUUUCUGAAUUCGAUGCAUCCCGAUCGGCGCUCGUCUCGCUGCGUCGAUCCUCUUCCGUUUCUGUCCUCCUUCGUCGGUGUUCGUCAACUAGUUUCUGAGAUCCGUUCGAACGGAUCGGCGUCCGCUUCGCAUUCGAUCGAUUCGCCGAAACCAAGCAACGUUGCGGCGGCGGCGGCAAGAUCUCGGCGAACCUUCCAGAAACGAGCCCCCCCCCCUUUGAUCUCCAAAAUACGAUCAGUGCUUUAAUCGACGUGUUUAGUCAGAGCGAGGAAACGUGUCUCAGAUUGAACAGGUGCAAGUUUUGUGACUCGAAAGACUAUAUUAUAUUUGUGACAAGCAAAUGUCGUUGUUUAUGUAACAAUAGCUUAAGCGUAUCGCUCGGACGCGGUCGCCCCCAGGCCAGUGUAUCGUUGGCAAUCUUACUAUGCCGGUCGAUUUAGUGACUGGUUUUUUUUUAAUUAUUAUUUUAAUUUUUAUUUAGUACUUUAAAUUCCUAUUGUAAUGAUUGUGUGUGCGCGUGCGUGUGUCUGUAUGUAUAUACGUCUGCAAUACGCAUCGCAACUACGAAUGAGUGUGUCGAGUUCGGAAUCGUUUUAGCUGACACUUCCUAAACGUUUUGACUUACUUUUGGUCACAUCCAGCGAGUGUAUGUCUUCACGACGUCUUCUUUCGUGACUAAUUAGACUUAUUAGAUGUUAAAUGCAAAUUAUAAUGAAUUAAAGAUAAUAAUAAUAUUUUGAAGGCACUUGUAAGAGAUAUCGGCCAUUCGAUCCAGAUUAGCUGUAAAUGUAAUUACUUCCAUUUUAACUAAGCAUGUUUCAUACGUAGGUUGUAUGGCGGCGUGGAUAUACGAACGGCCUUUUUACCGUUUCUCAUACUCGCAGUACCUCUAUAAUUAACAAACUGUAAAAUAUAUGAUCAUGUGUUUGUGUUGUAUGUAAACGCAUAGGGCGUUUUUUUUUUAUAUAUAUAUUAAUAACGCUGAGUUAUGUGCGAGCGCUAUAAUAACGAUGAUACUAUAAAACUGCCAAAAGAGAAUGACCGGACCUGUGUCUGUGCGUGUGCUUGUGUGCGUGACUGGGCACGUGUAAAGUCGACGUAUGUAAUUUGUUGUAAGUUUGAUAAAUAAAACACGCAAAGCUCAUUGAAGUAAAGUGAUGUUAUACUGUAAACCCUGCUAAUGGACCAAACUCGAGAUUUUCAGAACCCAAUCUUAUGUUACGUUUUAUGUUCGGAGUCUUAUGUAACAAAGCCACACUCGUCUUUAUCCCAAUGCUUCGGGGUUUGCUGUACAUAUUCACGGUUUUAAUGAAUUAAAAAAAAAAAACCAAUCGUAUUUCUUACUCAUGAGCGAUGUAGUUAGUCUUUGUACAUAUUUAUAAUCGUUUUGCGGUGUUUUAUGACUUUAUUGUAAGUGAAAAUGCAUUUUAGUUCUAUAAGUUUUCUAGGCAAUGUUAAUAAAAAUCAUUUUAACGGACUACUGCGUUGGACAGUCGAAUCUCUUAGACAGAAAGACAAAAAAAUAAGACGAGAGAACGAAUGAAAAUGAAUUGUAAUUCAUAAAUAAAAUUAUAUACACAUA